UGGGAGGGGAAGCAGCUGCUACCCAGUUCAUUUCCAGUCCAGCCUCUGCUUCUUGCUCACGCACACACACACAUACACACACACACGAAAACAGCCAACACACACUGGUGUCGGUGGUGGAGCACAACAACCGGACAACAAAGGGGCGCACAGGACAGCAUCACACGUUACCAGCAUCCAAGGUUCAGCGACAAGCUCACUGAACUCCAUUUUCACAUCUAUUGGGAAAUAAAGAAUCAGUCAUACUGGAGGUGACCGUCACAGAAGCGUUAAUUGCUCACGUAGACAGUACAGCCGUACUUGUGAGCCUGAGCAGUGAGAUGGAGAUGGAACAUUUCGACGACCGGGACAAAGGUCAGAGGCACGGCCGGUCCAGUGGCAAGAUGAACGGGGUUCUGAGUCCCACACACAGCGCCCACUGCAGCCUGUACCGGACCCGGACCUUGAAGACUCUGAGCGCGGAGAAGAGAGCCAAGAAAGUGCGCUUCUACCGCAACGGAGACCGCUACUUCAACGGGAUUGUUUACGCCAUUUCCACAGAUAGAUUCCGAACCUUUGACGCCCUGCUGGCGGAUCUGACCCGCUCCCUGUCCGAUAACGUCAACCUGCCCCAGGGAGUCCGCACCAUCUACACCCUGGAUGGCUCCAAGAAGAUCUCCAGUAUUGACCAGCUGAUAGAAGGUGAGAGCUAUGUGUGCAGCUCCAUUGAAGCUUACAAAAAGGUGGAUUACACAAAAAACGUGAACCCCAAUUGGUCGGUGAACGUCAAGGCUGCGGCGGCGGCCUCCCGUGGGCCUCCUUCCCUGGGCAGCGCUAAGGCCGGUGGCCCGGAGAGCCGCGAAACCAAGGACUUCAUACGUCCAAAGCUUGUGACAGUGGUGCGUAGCGGAGUGAAGCCCCGCAAAGCUGUGAGGAUCCUGCUGAACAAGAAAACGGCCCAUUCCUAUGAACAAGUCCUGACCGACAUCACCGAUGCCAUCAAGCUCGACUCCGGAGUGGUUAAGAAGAUCUACACGCUGGAGGGCAAACUGGUGGCAUGUCUGCAAGACUUCUUUGGAGACGAGGACAUUUUUGUGGCGUGUGGACCAGAGAAGUUUCGCUACCAAGAUGACUUGAUGCUGGAUGAGAGUGAGUGUCGUGUGAUGAAGUCGGUGACCUAUGGAAAGAUUUCUGGCUCUCUGAACCGAGGCUCCCCCAGGACUAUCAUCCAAACACGGCGCAGCAAGUCCCCAGCAUCCGUGAACGGGACACCGGCCAGUCAGCUGUCCACUCCUCAUUCGGGAAAAUCUCCCAGUCCCUCCCCGACCAGCCCGGGCAGCCUCAACCAACGUCGGGGGUCCCAGGGUUCUUCCACCUCUCUGUCUUCCGCCAAAGUUUCCAGCUCAGUGGAAGAUAGCAACGGACUGGUUACUGAAGCUGAGGUUCUAGUCGAUGAGGUUCCAGCUGUGCCGUCCUACAUAUCGGACCGCUACAAGGUGGGACGCAUGUUAGGUGACGGGAACUUUGCAGUCGUCCGGGAGUGUGUGGAGCACUCCACGGGACGGGAGUACGCUCUGAAGAUCAUCAACAAGGGCAAAUGCAGAGGCAAGGAGCACAUGAUCCAGAACGAGGUGGCCAUCCUCCGCAGGGUCAAACAUCCAAAUAUCGUCCUGCUUAUAGAGGAGGUGGACACUUACAAUGAGCUCUAUCUGGUCAUGGAGCUGGUCAAGGGCGGAGAUCUGUUCGACGCCAUCACCUCUGCCAACAGAUACACUGAGAGAGACGCCAGCGGCAUGCUCUACAAUCUGGCCAACGCCAUCAAAUACCUCCACAGCCUCAACAUUGUGCACAGAGACAUCAAACCAGAAAACCUGCUGGUGUAUGAGCAUGCAGACGGCAGCAAAAGCCUGAAGCUGGGAGACUUUGGUUUGGCAACUGUGGUGGACGGACCCCUCUACACUGUCUGUGGGACCCCGACAUAUGUAGCACCUGAAAUCAUCGCAGAAACAGGGUAUGGCCUUAAGGUGGACAUCUGGGCAGCUGGUGUCAUCACCUACAUCCUGCUGUGUGGUUUUCCACCGUUCCGAGGGAGCAGUGACGAUCAAGAAGUGCUUUUUGAUCAGAUACUUAUGGGACAACUAGAAUUUCCUCUACCGUACUGGGACAAUGUGUCAGAUACAGCCAAGGAGCUGAUCCGAUCCAUGCUGGAGGUGGAGGUGGAUCAGAGAUACACUGCCCUCCAGGUGCUAGAGCACCCUUGGGUCACUGAUGAGGGUCUAUGUGAAAAUGAUCACCAGUUGUCAGUAGCAGGGAAGAUAAAGAAGCACUUCAACACCAGUCCGAAGGUCAACGACACCACUGCAGGAGUGUCAGUCAUUUCUGCCACCCCUCUUGAUAAGGAGGGGCAGGUUCUCAGACGAGGACGCCACCCGGAUGUGAAGCCGCUGCCUUUGCAGAUGAUGCAGACAGUGACAACGCUAACAUCAUCAACAACAAAAAGACUUUGGGCGGAGCCUCCCAGUUGCCUCCCCAGCCUGCCCGUGGCCCCUCCCUCUCUGACCCCUGACACUUGCUCUGACCCUUCCCCAAACCCCAGCCUCCCAUCUGACUCUGAUGACAUCUCCAUCAGCUCAGCCAGUACCGUCUGCUCCCCCAGCUCGCCCUUCUAGAAAGGAGGCGGAGGGGAGGAGGGGGAGGAGGAAGUGAGGAGGGAAAAAAUCCUCAUCCAGCUCCUCCCUCAAUAUGGAGGAGGAGGAGGAGGAGACGUACACUUCCCCACACUCUCCUGUCUAGGGUCUACAGGGGAAAACUGUAAAGGGAAAAACAAAAAAGUUGAAUCAGAGAGAACUUUCUGCUCUCCUGAAUCCAUCUUUCCAAACCAGGAGGAGAGAUCGAUCAAAGGGUGGAUAGAGGACAAAGAGGGUAGAGAGAUUGGGAGAGAGACUUCAGAGGCAACAAGAAACAGGGAUCACAAGGCAGAGGGAAAAGGCAGAAUGAGGUGAAAGACUUUUGUUUAUUUUUAACGUUCUCUCAUCUGAGCACAUGUUGCAGACCUCAAGGAGCAAAAAAGGGGCGACAGUGUUGUUCACCCUUCAGUGAUGAUCUGGGCUCGACAUGGAAACUUCCUUAUGGUGGAACAGCUCUACAAGGCAAUAUGAGAAUAUGGACCAAUGUUCAUGUUUUAUUGAACCUUAUUUAUUCAUUCUUUAUUCACUGCAUUUUUUAUAUGUAUUUCCCUUUUUCAUAAAGGGUAUGUUUUUGUUUGACUUGUCCUAAGAGCUUGGUGUAAUGAGAAUAAUGGAAAAGUGUGUAGAAGUAGAGCUCAGAAACUUUGCAGUAGGCUACCGUGGACUCGAUGAAUAGUGGGGAAAUGAGAGCUACAGUAUGUAGAGGAAAAGUUUUUUCUUACAAAAUGUGUGUUCAUUGAAAAGGGGAAAGAAAAUUGACAGAAAUCGAUCAAAGAAAGCACUUGUGCUAUAAUUCUGUGCUCCACACAGUUUGGGCAUUGCCUUGCUGUAAUGUUGGAUUGCAGUAUUACAGUUUACACUUUACACAGACUGCUAUUUAGACAAUAAGGGUGCAUUUGAUUGCUCCUUGUAAUUUUGUUAACCGCUUCAUUCGAUCUUGAAACACAAAAUUCUGCAGCAUUCAGGUGCUUGUGUAGCAAACUCAACUCAUUUUUUCCUCAACAUUUCACAACCAUUCUUGAUAUUUUGUGAUGCUCAUGUACACACAUGGAGCCUUGUUUACAUUUUUUUUUCCAACUUUAAAGGCAUAUUUCACCUACAUAUUCCAGCAGUAAAGAAAUUUAUAAUUGUUGCAGCCCAGGUGUACCACUUGUAUGGGUUUGGGGAAAUAUUUUAGAUGGUAAAUGUAUACAUUUAACAGCUUAUGAGUGGCCUAUUUGCACAAAGUACUGCAGUUAAGGUGCAGUCAAACAGGUCUGAGAGGAAGACAGUAUGGAUAUCGGAGAACCAGCAGCAGUACAGUGGAGGAGGAUUUAUUUCAGCUCUGUACAAGUCUAUCUGAAACCUCAUUCAUAGCUUCAUUUUCUCAGAUGAAAGCAUGACAGACAUACAGUAGCCUAUUCUUAUAAAAACAGUUUAGUGAUGAAGUAUUGUUUAUAUGUUAUGUAAAUAACAUAAUUUUAUUUAUUUUGAUAGUUCACAAUACAGUAUAUUUCUUUACUAGUAGUAAGUCUAUGAGAACUUAAAAAAAAACAAUCAGUCCUACAUGUGUAUCAGUCAGCAAAGAAAAAUAAUAACCUAGAGGAGAUCAUCAGGUCGAAAUGAAACAAUACAGUUUUGUUGAAGACGUUUCACCUGUCACUAUUUCAACCUGCUGUUGAAGCACCUGGAUGAAUGAGAUGCAUCUACACAGACAGAAGAGAGGAAGACGCCACCUUUGCUUCUUGCUAGAAAACUGGGAAUGAUGUCACUUCCUUUGCAAAAGCAACCAGUUUCCAGUAACUGAUGUAAGAUAAAAAAAACAGAGGAGAGGCCAGAGGAGUGACAGAAAUGCAGAGUAAUUUCAAGUUUUGGCAGAUGAUCUCCCUGCAGUCGUCACACGUGUCUGUAAGUUUCUGUAUUUAGCAUAUUCUCAUUAUCACACACAUACAGUAAUGUGCCGCCAUAUUGACCUGAUCAAUAUGAAUUAGCCGUGCUGCUGAAAUCCACACACUACAGCACAUGGGCACAUGUGGUUUACCAAAGUGCUCUCACAGCUGCACCACAAUAUUACAAUCUGUUGCAAUACCAAUACCUGUACCUCUGUUCAA